ACAGGACAGGACAGGACAGGACAGGACAGGACAGGACAGGACAGGACAGGACAGGACAGGACAGGACAGGACAGGGUAAGAUGGACAUCCUCCUGGAAGUAGCAGCUCCAGAGCCCUACCCCCCUGGUGCUCUCUGCCCAGCGGAGGUAGCCCUCCGUGGGGAGCCUGACCACGGGCUCUCCCUCCUCUCUGCGGACGAGCUGGAGCACGUCUGCUGUGAGUGUGGGACGUCUGAGUUGUGUGAGGGGCGCAGAGGUUGUCACUGCAAGGGGGAGCUAGAGAGGUCUGUGUAUCAGCUCAAGGAGAGGAGCUGGAAAUAUGACCUCAUAAAACAAACCAGCCAGUCAGCAGCCCAGCACACUCUGACCCAGGCUGAGCAGACGGAGAGUCGGAUAAAGGAGCAGUUUGAGGAGCUCCGGCGGUUCCUGAGGGGAGAGGAGGAGGCGCGGAUAGCCGCCGUGAGGGAGGAGCAGGAGAGGAAGAGGAGGAGGGCAGAGGAGGAGUCCAAGAAAAUGGAUAAACAGAUCCAGGCACUCACAGACACCAUCACUGACAUUGAGACAGAGCUGGAGGAGGAUGAAAUCUCAUUUCUGCAGCGCUAUGAAAGAACCGUAAAAAGAACAUGGAAAGAUCUGCAGAAUCCAGAGAAGAGUUACGAAGCUCUGAUUGACGUCCCCAAACACGUUGGCAACCUGAGGUUCAGAGUUUGGAAGAAAAUGCAGGAGAUUUGUCCUUACACGCCUGUGACAGUGGACCCAAACUCCGCGUCCUGCAGCCUAUCGGUGUCUGCCGCUCUAGAUGGAGUGUGCAGCAGCCCCGCUCCACAGCGCCCCCUGCUGCCUGUGGUCCCUGAGCGCUUCCACCCGUAUGCUGCCGCCCUGGGCUCCGAGGGCGUGGCCUCGGGGCUCCACCAAUGGGACGUGGAGGUGGGCGACAGCACCAACUGGACGGUGGGCGUGGCCUACGCGUCGGUCAAGCGGUGGGAGGAGUUUGAGGCCUGCCCGGAGGAGGGCGUGUGGACCAUCAGCCUAAGGGAUGGCGUUUACCUGGCGAUGAUGUCGCCGUGCGAGGUGGUGCCCCUGGACGGGGGGCGACGUCCCCGGGUGGUCAGAGUGUGCGUGGACUGGGACACGGGACGGGUGUGUUUCAGCGACGCCGACCACCGCACACACCUGUUCACCUUCACACACACCUUCGUCGAGCCGCUGUACCCGUACUUCGAGAGCAUCUGUAAGGAGCGUCCUCUGGCAGUGCAGCCACAGAGAGUCUGCGUGCUGGUGGAGGAACUUCGUCCACCGGAUCAGAAGAACGAAGACCAGGACAAGGGGCAGAGUUCCUGAUUCACGUUUGUGUGUGUGUGUGUGUGUGUGUGUGUGUGUGUGCGCGUGUGUGUAUCAGGAUACAUGUUGAUAUUGUGUGUUUGUAUAUUAAAGUCACAUUCUGCGCUUCUGGCAAGAAGUGUCCCCAUUUCCACUGCAGGUACUGUGUACUAACACCUGAGGCUUUUUGAGUGCACACUCACUGAA